AUGAGGUUUCGACGUUAUUUUUCCAGUACUUUCAAGCGAUUAAUUGACUGUAACAGCUGUGGUGUCAAACUUCAAAACAAGCAACCCGGUGCUCUAGGAUAUUAUACUAAGAAAGAUGAUAAUCUGGUUAAGAAAAUUACUCUCGAAGAUGUUAAGUAUUUAAUAUUUGGUCAGGAUAUCCAGCGAAUAAAGGAAAUGACUGUUGAUACAGAAAAUUAUGAUAUAAAGUUAGAAAAGCCAUUGAUUUGUAAAAGAUGUAGUGAAGCCCUACACAAUAACAAGUAUAACGCUACUGAAUUUAAGGAUAUUCCAUUUGAAGAAGUUGAGAAGCAGAUUCCUCUCCACUCAAAUGUUGUUCAUACAGCUCCUAUUUUGGAGUUUCCAUUUCAUAUCAAUUCUCAAUUACUGAAGAAUAGAACCUUCAACACCACGAUGGUUUUUACGAAAGCUGAUAGAGUAUUCAAGAAUAAGAAACAAGUGCAGAAACAGAUACCUAUUUUUCUUGAUGCGUUUUUUGAGACCUAUUUGAAUUCAAAAGCUACUAGAAACAUCGUGACUUCCACAUUGAAUAGGUGGAAUCUGGAUACACUGUUUUCGUUCUUGCAUGGCACAAACUAUUUUGUGGGUGAACCCAACUCUGGUAAAUCCACCUUGAUAAAUGCAUUGUUGAGGAGGUUGUUUGGGGUGAAGAUUCGCGGUAAUGAUGUUAAAAACUUUGAGUUAGAUAAGCAAGCCGAAGAAGAGCUCGCUGUUAGUAAAAAAUUCUUUCUUGAGAAACAGUUAGCUGGAGUUUCACAUAUACCUAAUCUAACAAGAACACUCCAAGCUUAUAAAAUCAAACAAAAGAUAAUAUACGAUCUUCCUGGCUAUAGUAAUUACAAUUCUUAUCGGAUUGAUGAGUUUAUUGAUCCAAAAUGGUUGCAAAGAUUCCGCAAAACUAGUAUUUUUAGUGAAAAGAGGGUGAAAAAGAAGCGCUAUGAUUCAAUUGUUGGGAAUGAAAACGGCAAAUGCCUAACAUUGGGAGGAAUCUUCUAUUUGGUACCACCUCCGACGACUAUUAACCAAAUAGUAUGUUAUAUACCAGGGGAAUUGAGACAAUUUCAUAAUACUGAUAGAGGAAUUGAAGUUUUAGGUAAAAGUGGGUCAAAGGAGCAUCCACUAAAUAAAUACUGUGGUAUCAAGCCAGGUAUAGGCAAAGAAAAAUAUAUUAGGCAUAUAAUUCCUCCGUUUCAGGGUCCUAUUGAAGUAGUUCUAAAAGACAUCGGUUAUUUCUCUUUGACUCCCACUGGAAAGUAUGAAUACAAAGGAUUGUAUGAGCUUUGGGUGUUAGAUGGUAUUGAUGUCUGUAUCAGAAAGCCACUGGAGAGGGUUGCAGAAGAUAGUUAUGACAAAUCUCAAGAAGGAAAAUACUAUAUUAAGGAACCAGUUGUAAGUCAUACUUAUGUUGUUGCCCAUAAUGACCCUAAUCCUUUGCAAACAGUUAAAGAAAGCUAUGAAAAGGUAAAAGAAAGAACAGAUGAGAUUCUGAAUAAAUAUAACCUAGAAAAGUUCGGAAACAAUAUGUGGCAUUUCAAGUGGUAA